GCAAAGGCCAUUGCAGUGAACACAGAGCACUUACUUCACACUUACGUGGAGAUUGUAAUGCAGAUAUUACUAGGACCUCCAAGUAUCCUUGCAUUAAAUACCUGAACUUCCUACAGUCACAGAAACACAGAGGUCGGGAUCUGGGAUCGCAUCCUGCCACCAUGAACGCGUUAUUCUUGGCAACAUCCUUCUUUAUGCUCGGCUUUCUUCCCGCGAAAGAGUCGCUUCCCAUCGCAACAACCAGGCGGGUUGAUAACGACAGCAGCAAAGAACCCGGGUCGGACCCGGAACAGUGGCAGCACAGUCUCAAGUCACCACACCUACUUCAUGCAACACGGGAAGACACGAUGGGCCCGGCCGUGGAGCAGGAACCCACCCUGGUCACUGCGGCCAAUGUACUCUUAAAUGGCCAGAAUGUAGACGAACGGCGGGGUGGCGCAGAUCAGCCACUCCGAUCCAAGAGGUUCCAUACCAAGCCCAACUCCCUCGACCUUACCUUUCACCUAUUGAGAGAACUUCUGGGAAUGGCCAAAGCUCAGAAAAUGGCCCAACAAGCUGAGAUGAACAGACUGAUCAUGCAGAGCGUAGGGAAAUAAUUCAACAUUUGGUCUAUAUGUUAGAAUUAAUCAGCCAAUGCUCGUGUAACGUGUGUUAUGUCAAAAACACUGUUUAAAUCCCAAAUGCAACCCACACGGCAUAAAUUGUCAUUGUUUUAAACGUGUAGCGAAAUAUUUGCACAGCUUGUUAAAGAGCCCACAACUAACCAGUUUGUUUGGCAUAUUGUUUGGUUUCUGCUGUUUAGUAUUAGCGUUUGUAUUUCAUUACCCGACUAAUAAAAACAGUAACAUUGCAUCUGUAUUUGACGUUCUUCAAAACUAGUCUUGUCGUUCAUGAUGUGUGUGAGUGCAGCUGUUCCCGGAGAGAUUUGUCCCACUGAAAAAUAUAUAUAGGGUGAUUUCACCAAAUGUCAAAUGAGCGUAGAUACCCCCUCACGUGACGGAAAUUUUUAACUGGAGGACAUAUGUAACUUCGGUACAUGUUAGUGAAUGGGGAAACACGCACUUUCCCACCCGUUCAAAACAUGGAAAACGGCCGAUUUUUGAGCUGAA